AUAUGAAAUAUAAAACUUAGACAUUGAAAGAGGAGGAAAGUCGGAUAAAGUUCAGACCCAGAAAUGGAAGAGGAUUUUAGCACAAUAAUUAUCAAGGUGGAACCAGAAGAUGACUAUGAAAACAACCCAGAGCAUCCUAUUCCUACAAGUGAAGAUGCAGAAAAAGUGGUUGAAAGUUUACUGCAUGAUGCAGAGUGUGAAGAGAUGAAUCUUGACAGGGCUGGCCUCAGAAAUAUCAUUGCCGGUAUUGAAGGAGUUGACGAUCUGAAUAUUAGUGAACUGGAAGAUGAUCUGGAUAUUAGUGAAAUGGAAGCUGCAGAUCUUAAAAUGGAAAUACAGGAUGAUAUAGAUCUAAUUGAGAGAGACGAGUAUAGAAAUAGUACUGGAGGUGAUAUUGAGAAUGAACUUAAAAUGGAGAUCCAAGAUGAUAUAGAAAUGAUUGAAAGAAACGAAUUUGAUGAUAGCGAUUUAGAUGAAAUUGCUAAUGGAUUAGGUGCAGAAGUUACUGAUAUAAAUGAAAGUGGUAUUGUUGAACUAGUUGAAAAGGAUGUUUUACAGCUAACUAGAAAUAAACCUGAGACAAAAACUAAAAGUAAGGAAGUUGAGAAUACAGUUCAAGUAAGUAAAGGGAUGCAUGUGCAACAGAGAGAUAAUGGUGGAGAUAACAAUAAUGGUGUUGCGAGUACUUCUAAUGGUGUUUUAUGCCAAGAACACUGCAAGUCCAUCCGAAAUAUCAUCAUACUUUUGUGUGCUGUGUGAGGAGUCUUUGAUGGGACUUAGUGCUGCAAGGAGUCAUCUGCUGAACCAUCUCAAUACAAAAAACUACAA